AUGUUGCUGCAUUUUAGCUUUGAUUUUACUCUCAAACCAUCUGUAGUCAGCAACAUAGCCGAUCCGGAGAAAGGUAUUUCACUCCGAUUCCCUCGUUUCUUGCGUGUUCGUGAGGAUAAAAAGCCGGAACACGCCACAUCCGCUGAGCAGGUUUACGAAAUGUACAAAAGUCAGGAGCAGAUCAAAAAUCGCGAAGCAGGCAGCACAGCCCCUACUGGCGAAGACGACGAGUUGUACUGA